AUGCGGCUUUGUCCUGGCCUGCACACCCUUGUCGCCAUUGUCCUCAACGCCAGCGGGCGACCAACCUCUUUGGUGUUCAACAAUGUCGGCCAGCUUGGGUUCGCCAUCAGCAUUGCCUUCAUGUUGGGCCUCAAUCGCGAUCCGUCCACAUGGGAUAUCCCGUCCCACGAGAAGCGUCUGCGCAAGAAUGUUUGGAGGGCACUGUUGAUUUGCGAUGGGUGGUCGAGUCUGGCGUAUGGAAUACCCCCUCGAAUUCUCAAUUCCCAAACUGAUAUGCCACUACCAUCUAUCAUGAUACUGGACGCGCCGCCAAAACCCGCCUUGGAGGAGCGCGUGGUUGCAGUGUUUUGCGCUCUCGCCACUUUGACAGAGGUCCUAAACGACUACCUACAAACCCUUCAUAAAUACCGACAACUGGGACACUCUCCAACUCAACUACCUGUCCUGAGCAGUCUUCAAGAUUGGAAAGACUCUACAAGCGGUGAUGUGCGUAGAAUUGUGUUUCGGGGUGCAGAUCUCAAGACUCCGGGAGCUGCCAAUCUUCGCUUGCUGUUCCUCUCUGUGCAAUUCUUGCAGCAUCGAGUCUGCCUUGAGAAUCAACGAGGAAGCAUCGAGUCAACCGAAACACAAGCGCUUUGGCAAAGCUACGUCACCACACGUGAAGCUGCCGAAGAGGUCGUCCUGUUCAUCCAGGAGAUUGGCAGCGACCAGAGAAAAGAUUUCUGGCUACCGCACACGGCCUUCUUGCUGUCGUACACAAUGUCAUUUUUGCUGCGGUCAGCCCUCGAACAAGAGUACGAGGUGACAGGUCCUACUGGCCGUAACGGCGCCCUGACUCUGGCCACAGAUUUGAUGGUGGCCCUCCGUGCUCACGCAGACCCUGGAGGCUGGGACCUUGGAGAAGUGUGCAUUGCACAGUAUUCGGAUAUUCUUGCGACAGUACAGGCAAUGGAUAAUGAUCCCAACACUAGUUCUAUAGAUUGUGAGACUUGGAAUGCUCUCGUUUCAGAUGUUUCUUUCGAGGACAACAUUCUUUUCACGACAAUGUGUGGUAUUUUAUAA